GUGCGGAUCAUGUUCUCGUGAGGGGACGCUCUUUUGGGCCGUCCGCUGCUGCUGCUCUCGGACCUGCGCCGUGACGGGACAGGGGGGUUUUAACGCCAUUUGAGACGAGGAGAGGAGAGAUGAGUGCGCUGCCUGCUCAGGUGGAUCACUAAUGAAUGCAAAUACAGAGAGGACACAGAGAGCCAGACGGUGCUGUAGGAGCUUCUUGUCCUGGUGCAACAGCGGGAGCAUAAUGGCGGCGUUCAAAGGCGUUUGGACCAAGGAGUUUUGGAGGGCCGUGUCCGCGGAGUACCUCGCCACUCUCAUCUUCGUCUUCCUCGGCGUGGGCUCGACCAUGAACUGGCACGCGGGCAAAGAGACCCCUCCCCCGGCCGACCUGGUCCUCAUCUCGCUGUGCUUCGGCCUCAGUAUCGCCACCAUGGUGCAGUGUUUCGGGCACAUCAGCGGCGGGCACAUCAACCCGGCUGUUACCGUGGCGAUGGUGGUGACCAGGAAGUUGAGCCUGGCCAAAGCGGUGUUCUACGUGGUGGCGCAGUGUCUGGGCGCCAUCACGGGGGCGGGGCUGCUCUACAUGGUCACGCCCUCAGCUGUGAGAGGGGGCUUCGGAGUCAAUGAUAUAAACUCAGACAUCUCAGUGGGACAUGGGCUCGUGGUGGAGAUCAUCAUUACGUUUGAGCUGGUGUUCACCGUGUUCGCUACGUGUGACCCCAAACGCAGCGACCUGGGCGGGUCUGCGGCGCUGGCGAUCGGUCUGGCCGUCGCCAUCGGACACCUGUUUGGAAUUCCGUACACAGGAGCAAGUAUGAACCCCGCGCGAUCGUUUGGACCUGCAGUCGUCACUCUAACGUUUAAAAAUCACUGGAUAUACUGGCUGGGUCCUAUACUCGGGGGCAUUCUGGCCGCUGGUCUGUAUGAAUACCUGUACUGCCCCGACCCGGACGUGAAAAAGCGACUGCAGCAGGUCUUCCAAAAGGACCAGUCGGGAAAAUACAAGGAAGUGGAGGCCGAUGACAUCACGAUAAAACCAGGAAGCAUUGACGCGGAGAAGGGCGAGAAGAAAGACCCGUACAACGACUUGGGAGAUGUGCUGUCGUCCGUAUGACUAUCACGCGCACUGCAAAUAGAAACCAACCUGUAGCACGAUCAGACUAGAACCUUUAGCUUGUCCCUUCCAAACAACUGGGUUCAAAACAAAACAUCCACAGUAGAAAGUACGUCUUAAGGAUAUUUAGAUGCUUUUGUGUUGUGAACAUUUCAGGACUAAUCUUCUAUAGUUAUUGCUCUGAGCAGUUCCGUCGAUAGAAAUUUGGAGGCCCAGGGCAAGAAGACUCACAUCUUCUAGAGCCCGGGACAACAGACCCCUUUGUCCCCCCCUGUCGACUCCCCUGGCUCUGAGAUCAUCCAUGGUUUGUGUGAUAGUUCGCUCCGGGGGGACAGAAGCAAGAAGAAGCCUCACAACCUUAAGCUUAACCAUUUUCCAAACUAAAUUAUAUAGUUCAUCACAGCAGAUUGUCCCUCCAGAGCUUACUAUUUAGCAUUAGCAUUUAGCAUCCACGGAGAAAAUGUCACAAGCGUGUGUUGCAUACUGGUAGGAAUUUACAAAAGGGUCUGGCUGAUUUGAGAAUACAUUUGUUGCUUGUACAGGAUGAUAUUUUUCCUUAAAAACAUUGGAGAGGACAAGCUUAGCCACUGUCGUGUUACAGUGAUCUCUAUUUACAGUGCACCCACGGAAACAACUGGACAAUCUUAAAAGCCAUUUUGUUCAUUUUUGCUACAUACAUUUUUCAUAUUGAUCAUUUUUUGCUUUGUAUUGGGUGAUAUUCUACCAUGUACCAUAUGUGCAAAAUGUUAUUUUUUCCUUUAUUUUUUCCCAGUGUGUCCCUGAUUGGCUAAUCCACCUGUCAAUCACGGCCAUUGGAAAACAGGGGGGUUGAAGAAGGCCAUGUCCCAAUUAGCCAAAUGCACCGUUCAAAGUGCUGUUCGAAGUACCCGCCCGACGAAGGGUACUCCUCUGUGUAGUCACCUUUGUUGUCUUCGUUGCCUCCGUACGUCAACUGCUGUCUGUGCACUUGUGGAGAAUUUGGCACCAGUUAAUAAGUGCCAUUCUCCCCCCUCAGGCGAAUAAAUUCCGCCAUCUGCUCGUCGCUCUUUAAAGACAAAAGAAUUUUCUUAAAUAAGGACGAAUAUUAAACAUUCUUCUUGACUCACAUUUUAACAGUUUCAUGUUGAUUUGUUGUAGGUAAAAUAAACCAGUACUUACAUCUGAACGAGUAUUGCGUAGCGGACUCCAUUUUCAUCUUUUUUUGCGUAGGCGCGGUGCAUGAUGGGAUACAGCAGUGCGCGAAGUGUGCUCUGAUGCACGCUUCGGCUACGGUCGAUCUCCAUGGAAACACAAGGCACACUUGUCGCGCCAGAAAUUACAUAAGCCCUUAAAAGCACAGUUCAAACAGCGCAUUUAAGGGCACUUCGGCGAAUUGGGACAUGGCCGAAGUGCGUAUUCUGAAUCCCAGGCAAGAAUCCAAUGACAGAAAGACUUAGGAUCUUUUUUCAUGUUUAUCCUGCAAACUUAUCCCAAGGCUCAUAGUUGCAGGUGUAGCUUCCAGGCAACGUAACUCUAACUAUAACAAAAACAACGCUAACACCUUUGUGAAAUCAACAAAAUUAUGAAUGAGCUAUGGAGCUGUGGGUUUCAAAAUCUCUUCAAAUACAAUUGUCUGUUUAAAGGAGUUUUUCACGUCAUAGAGCAGAUUUGUUCGCUGUUUGCAUCUAAUUAUAAAGCGUAAGCCAGGAAUUGUUAGCAUGCUAGUUGUUGUUGGCAUUACCAUGACGCUAGACCUUUGCUUCGGCCUCUGAAAGUUGUGAAAAGUGCUACAUUUGGAUGACUGCAAACCGUUUAAAACAAACUAGUCCAAGGAAAUGCACCUUAGCUGUUUACGC